GUUCAUAUUUCUGGUGAUGGUGAAAAAAUAAUUGGAAUCCUGAUUUAGAGACCCCCGACGGAAGGCACGAGGUGUAAGAGCAACGUAUAACGAUCGUGACAAUAGUUAGUGCUGUCCCACUCGAGCUCAUUUGUUCCAUUUAGAAGGCCUAAUAAUGCUUACGGUAAAUACAAGACUUCGACAAGGCACACAUGAUUCAAGUAACUGCUUUGAGAGGGAUCGCACGACGAUCGUUUUCAACAUCAAAAUGUGCGCCAGCACAACAGAUGACCGUACGAGAUGCUUUAAAUUCUGCCCUGGAUGAAGAGAUGGAAAGAGAUGAGAAAGUGUUUUUACUUGGAGAGGAAGUAGCGCUUUAUGAUGGAGCAUACAAGGUUUCUAGGGGUCUCUGGAAAAAAUAUGGUGAUAAACGUGUCAUUGAUACACCGAUCACAGAGGCUGGUUUUGCUGGCAUUGCUGUUGGUGCUGCAAUGGCUGGCCUCCGACCAAUUUGCGAAUUUAUGACUUUCAAUUUUGCUAUGCAAGCAAUCGAUCAAAUAAUUAAUUCUGCUGCUAAAACCUUUUAUAUGUCUGCGGGAAAGGUUAAUAUACCUAUUGUCUUUCGUGGUCCAAAUGGUGCGGCUGCAGGUGUAGCAGCUCAACAUUCUCAGUGUUUUGGUGCUUGGUAUAGUCAUUGUCCUGGCUUAAAAGUGGUUUCGCCUUAUAAUAGCGAAGAUGCAAAAGGUUUAUUAAAAGCUGCUAUAAGAGAUCCUGAUCCAGUUGUUGUAUUGGAAAAUGAGAUUCUCUAUGGAGUUCAGUAUCCUAUGUCAGAUCAAGCUUUGGAUAAAAAUUUCCUUCUACCUAUUGGUAAAGCAAAAAUAGAACGUGUUGGAAAUCAUGUUACUUUAGUGGCACAUUCCAAGGCUGUUGAACAAGCUCUUGAAGCAGCUAAUGAACUUGCUGGAAAAGGGAUAGAAGCAGAAGUAAUCAAUCUUCGUUCCCUUAGACCACUAGAUAUUGAUACUAUUGUGCAAUCUAUAGUGAAAACAAAUCAUUGUGUUACUGUAGAACAGGGUUGGCCGCAAUGUGGCAUAGGAGCAGAAAUUAGUGCAAGAAUCUCUGAAAGUGAGGCCUUUUAUCAUCUAGAUGCACCAGUAAUUCGUGUUACAGGUGCUGAUGUUCCUAUGCCAUAUGCUAAAAGUUUGGAAAUAGCAGCUUUACCUCAAGGAAGCGAUGUAGUAUUUGUUGUAAAUAAAUUAUUAGGGGUAGAGUAGUAAAUGGUAGAAAUAUUUAGGUACAA